GCCGGGGUGGGGGCUGGGGUGGGUGCAGCCCCCCUGUCUGCCUCCUGCCCAUCUGAGGGACAGCCCCCCAGCGGGGCCAGCAGGCCGUCAGGCUCACAGAAGCCCGAGGGUCUCCCAGCGACUCUGGUUGUCUCAGCCACAGCGGCUUCACCAUGCACAGCUGGGAGCGCCUGGCAGUUCUGGUCCUCCUAGGAGCGGCCGCCUGCGCUGCGCAGCCCCGUGGUCGGAUCCUGGGCGGCAGAGAGGCCGAGGCGCACGCGCGGCCCUACAUGGCGUCGGUGCAGGUGAACGGCGCGCACCUGUGCGGCGGCGUCCUGGUGGCAGAGCAGUGGGUGCUGAGCGCGGCGCACUGCCUGGAGAACGCGGCCGACGGGAAGGUGCAGGUUCUCCUGGGCGCGCACUCCCUGUCGCAGCCGGAGUCCUCCAAGCGCCUGUACGACGUGCUCCGCGCAGUGCACCAUCCGGACAGCCAGCCGGACACCAUCGACCACGACCUCCUGCUGCUACAGCUGUCGGAGAAGGCCACGCUGGGCCCUGCUGUGCGCCCCCUGCCCUGGCAGCGCGUGGACCGCGACGUGGCGCCGGGAACUCUCUGCGACGUGGCCGGCUGGGGCACAGUCAACCACGCGGGCAGCCGCCCGGACCGCCUGCAGCACGUGCUCUUGCCAGUGCUGGACCGCGCCACCUGCAACCGGCGCACGCACCACGACGGCGCCAUCACCGAGCGCAUGAUGUGCGCGGAAAGCAACCGCCGGGAUAGCUGCAAGGGCGACUCCGGGGGCCCGCUGGUGUGCGGGGGCGUGCUCGAGGGCGUGGUCACCUCGGGCUCGCGCGUUUGCGGCAACCGCAAGAAGCCUGGGAUAUACACGCGCGUGGCGAGCUAUGCGGCCUGGAUCGACAGCGUCCUGGCCUAGGGUGCCAGGGCCCGAAGGUCGGGGUCACCCAAGCAACAAACUCCCGAGCAAUAGAGUCAUCCACUCCUGCAUCUGGUUGGUCUUUAUUGAGCACCUACUGUAUGCAGAGGGGGAGGCCGAGGUGGGAGGAUCACUGGAUCUCAGGAGUUCGAGAUCAGCCUGAGCCACAUAGCGUGACUCCAUCUCUACAAAAAAUUAAAAAAUUAGCUGGGCAA